CUGCAUAGUUCUCGAUCAGUCAAAACCAUGCAUAUUCACUCAUCCCUAUAAGUAUCAUGAGCUUUAGCUCUCUCCUUCCUCGUACCAACUCUGCAAAUUCCUCAAGUCUUGCCUAUAUUAUUGUAAUUUGCUUACCUCUUGAUUCAAGCAAGAGAUGUUUCACUUAACAGAUCUGAGUGUGUCACCAAUUAAGUCAUGUGGUGGGGUAAGGCCGAUCACAACCAUUGAAUCCGUAAUCAAUGGUGGAGAUCGCUUUACAUCAGUGCAUAGUACUCGUCGUACUGUUCGACCCAUAUCUUUUAUCAGGACCCAGCUUGGUUUUUCAUUCAUGAGAACUGAUUUAUUGCCAUCGAGACGCCUGAAAAUCACCUCAACAGCCGACAUGGACCAAACCCCAAGAGGAGUUCCGGCACCCAAAGGAGCCAAAUCCUCGCACAACACCGUGGAGGUGGCGAAAAACGACAGGGGGAACAAGAAAAUAAAGAUCAAAGGGACUGUGGUGCUAAUGAAGAAGAACGUUUUGGACUUCAACGACUUUCAUGCAUCGGUUCUUGAUCGCGUGCAUGAGUUUUUGGGUCAAGGGGUCUCUCUGCAGCUAAUCAGUGCUGAUAAUGUUGAUCCAGAAAAUAGGUUACAAGGCAAACUUGGAAAGCCAGCAUAUUUGGAAGAUUGGAUUACCACAAUCACCCCCUUAACUGCAGGCGAAUCUGCCUUCAAGGUUACCUUUAAUUGGGACAACGAGAUUGGGGUUCCGGGGGCAUUUCUAAUAAGAAAUAAUCAUCAUAGUGAGUUCUACCUUAGAGGUGUCACGCUUGAAGAUGUUCCAGGACAAGGUCAGAUCCACUUUGUGUGCAACUCAUGGGUUUACCCUGCAGACAAAUACAAGAAAGAUCGCAUUUUCUUCGCUAACAAGACAUAUCUUCCAAGUGAAACACCAGCACCACUACGCAAGUACAGAGAAGAAGAACUAUUGAACUUGAGAGGAGAUGGAAGGGGGAAGCUCCAAGAAUGGGACAGAGUCUAUGACUAUGCUUACUACAAUGAUUUGGGAAGUCCUGAUAAGGGUCCAAAAUAUGUGCGUCCAGUUCUUGGAGGGUCUAGUGAGUACCCUUAUCCGCGCAGGGGAAGAACUGGCCGACCACCAACAAAGACAGAUCCUAAUACCGAGAGCAGGCUGAACCUUCUUAUGAGCAUAAACAUUUACGUCCCAAGAGAUGAAAGAUUUGGUCACUUGAAGAUGUCAGACUUCCUUGCUUACGCACUGAAAGGAAUAGCUCAGUUCCUCAAACCUGAGCUAGAAGAUCUAGUUGACAGCAGCCCCAAUGAGUUUGACAGCAUACAAGAUAUACUCAAACUCUAUGAUGGAGGGAUUGAGCUCCCCAACGGUUUGCUUGAGAAUAUAAGGGACAAGAUCCCAGCAGAGAUGCUCAAGGAAAUCUUCCGAACUGAUGGUGAAGGACUCCUUAAAUUCCCAGUGCCUCAAGUGAUUAAAGAGGAUAGGUUUGGUUGGAGGACUGAUGAAGAAUUUGCUAGAGAAAUGCUGGCUGGAGUAAACCCUGUCAUCAUUCGUCUUCUCCAAGAAUUCCCCCCAUCAAGCAAGUUGGAUAGCAAAGCAUAUGGUGAUCAAACCAGUACAAUAACCAACGACCACAUAGAAAAGUACUUAAAUGGGCUCACCGUAGAUAAGGCAAUCGAGAACAAGAAGCUAUUCAUAUUAGAUCACCAUGAUGCAUUGAUGCCAUAUCUGAGGAGGAUAAACAUGACUUCCACAAAGAUUUAUGCCAGCAGGACACUUCUUUUCUUGAAAGAGGAUGGGACUUUGAAGCCAUUGGCGAUUGAAUUAAGCUUGCCUCAUCCUGAGGGAGACCAAUUUGGAGCCAUUAGCAAAGUAUACACCCCAGCAGAAGAAGGUGUCCAAAGCUACAUUUGGCAAUUGGCUAAAGCUUAUGUUGCUGUCAAUGACUCUGGCUAUCAUCAGCUCAUCAGCCACUGGUUGCAAACCCAUGCAGCAAUGGAGCCAUUCAUAAUAGCAACCAAUAGGCAGUUGAGCGUGCUUCACCCAAUUCAUAAACUGCUGCAUCCACAUUUCCGUGACACUAUGAAUGUAAAUGCAUUAGCCCGGCAGGUCCUCAUCAAUGCUGGUGGUGCCCUGGAGCACACAGUAUUUCCAGCUCAAUAUACCAUGGAGAUGUCAUCAGUAGUUUAUAAAGACUGGGUUUUUCCUGAGCAAGCUCUCCCUUCUGAUCUCAUCAAAAGAGGAAUGGCAGUUAAGGAUGUGAAUUCCCCACAUGGUGUCCGCCUACUGAUAGAGGAUUACCCUUAUGCUGUUGAUGGGUUGGAAAUCUGGUCAGCAAUCGAAGCAUGGGUUGAAGAAUACUGCUCCUUCUAUUACCAGACCGAUGAAAUGGUCCAAAAUGACUCUGAACUGCAGUCCUGGUGGAAGGAACUCAGAGAGGAGGGUCACGGCGACAAGAAAGAUGAGCCCUGGUGGCCAAAAAUGCAGACACGCAAAGAGCUAAUAGAAACAUGCACUACCAUCAUAUGGAUAGCUUCAGCCCUCCAUGCUGCAAUCAACUUUGGACAGUACCCUUUUGGAGGCUACCCUCCAAACCGCCCAGCAAUGAGCCUUCAGUUCAUGCCUGAGGAAGGCACUCCUGAUUAUGAAGAGCUUAAGACAAACCCUGAUAGAGCUUUCUUGAAAAGAUUUACUUCCCAGCUACUGACUGUUCUUGGCAUUUCCCUUGUAGAAGUAUUGUCAAGGCAUUCAUCUGAUGAGAUAUAUCUUGGGCAAAGAGACACUGUAGAGUGGACCUCAGACAACAAACCAUUGGAAGCCUUUGAAAAACUUGGAAAGAAGCUGGCAGAAAUUGAGGAUAGAAUAACAAGGAGGAACAAGGAUAAAAAAUUGAAAAACCGUGCUGGUCCUGUCAAGAUGCCAUACACUUUGCUCUAUCCUUCUAGUCAAGAAGGACUAACUGGCAAGGGCAUUCCCAACAGCGUCUCAAUCUGAAGAGUUACCAAGUACCGACAGUUUCUACACUGUUCUAGCAGAGGGGAAUGUUUGAAUGUUUGGUUAAGAUAAAUCUUGAUAAUGUUUGUGAA